UCAAAGUCAAAGUUCUUGAGCAGAGGCGUAAUUCCAUGGGAGGGAGGGAGGAAGCAGAGAGAGUAACAGAUGGGUCCACAAACACAAGAUAACCGUUGACUUGUGGAGUUUCCAGCGGAUAACCGGUGGUUGUGUGCUUCUCCACGACUCUUCACAUCUUGUUUACUGCUGCGUCUGCGUCAUGUUGUUUUCCUUUGACCACAAGAAAUCUAGCUUGGAGUUUUUUAGCCUACUUUUUCGCGAGACGAUGCCGCGGUGUUGCCAGUGUUCCCCUUCUUCACCAAACUCGAUGAGUGGCAGCGGCGUCAACGGCUCGAGCUUCCUCCCGCCCGAUGACAACUCCAACGGGCGGCCGGCUGGGUUGGCCUACGGCCUCCCCGCCUCGGUGGGGAUCCUGAUGGUGAUCACCGCCGCCCUUCUUGCGUCCUAUCUGUGCACCCGAGCAAGAACCACGGCCGCGAACCGGCGGUCCGGCGACGUUGCAGCGACGCCCACUGACCUCGAGGCCGGCAUCGACGAGGCGACCCUGACGAGCUACCCGAAGGUCACGUACUCGCAGGCUAAGCUGGAGGAGAAGGGCACCACCACCGCGGCGUGCUGCUCCAUAUGCCUGAGCGACUACGAGGACGCUGACGUGCUGCGACUGUUGCCGGACUGCGGGCACCUCUUCCACCUCGACUGCGUCGACCCGUGGCUGAGGGCGCACCGGUCGUGCCCCAACUGCCGCUCGUCGCCGGCCCCCAGCUCCAUGCCCACGCCUCUCUCGGAGGUGGUGCCAUUGGCACGGGCGAGACAGUCGCAGUGAACGUGAUCGUACAUAACACGCCUCAAAUGUGUCGUCCGGUGUCUUCGGUGAAUCAAAUGAUCGGUAUAUGCUGGAGAAAGAAUUCCUUCUUGCAUCAUUCAGCCAACCGGAUCAUUACUCGAUCCAUACUUGCAUAGUCUUUGAAGAACACCAGUUCAAAUUUAGGAGGUUCUCCGAAGCUUUUUGGCUGAUACUUCUUGUAUGCAUACCAGCUCAAAAACCUGCUGUUUUGAUUUUUUCUUCGCAAAUAAAUACGAAAAAAAAUAAAUUUUGUUA